AUGGGACAGAGUGCACCAUCAGCAAGUUUGAAGAUAAUACAAAACUCCAAGGAGUGGCUGAUACAGCAGGUGGGCGCGCUGACAUUCAGAGGGACCUCAGCAGCCUUGAGAAACGGGCAGACAGGAACCUCACGAAGUUCAACAAAGGGAAAUGCCAAGUCAGGCACCAGUACAGGCUGCAGGCUGACCAGCUGGGAAGCAGCUUUGCAGGGAGACCUGGGGGCCUUGGUGGGCAACAAGUUGAACAUAAGCCACCAGUGUGCCCUCACAGCAAAGAAGGCCAACAGCAUCCUGGGCUGCAUUAGAAAGCGUGUCACCGGCAGGUCGAGGCAGCACAGAACUGUUACACUUCGUAGACAACCAGUUGGUGGCUUGGGCUUAAACAUAAAGGGUGGUGCUGAGCACAAAGUGCCUGUCGUCAUAUCAAAAAUAUUUAAAGACCAAGCAGCUGACCAAACAGGAAUGUUAUUCAUAGGAGAUGCAAUAAUACAGGUUAAUGGUAUUAAUGUAGAAAGUGCUACCCAUGAAGAAGUGGUGGUCCUAAAGGGUUUAGGUACUUUGAUAAUACUUCUAAACAGUACAAAAAUUCUCAGCUUUUUAGCAUUGCAGGAACAAGGACUGAAUUACUGUAGUAAAGAAUCUAUUUUAAUUGAUUGUAAGAGCAACAUUGAAAAAUUAGAUUAUGUGAGGUCAGUGAUUGCUAAUGGGAUACAGAAUCGUUCCCUCCUCCAGGUCAGCAGCUCACAUCUGUCCCAGGCUCCAUCAUCACCUUCUUCACCCAUAGCUAAUGAACCAAAAUACGAGAAGCGCUGGCUAGACACCUUAUCAGUUCCUCUGUCGAUGGCUCACAUCUCGAGGUACAAAGCUGGAACAGAUAAAUUAAGAUCUAAUGCAUUUGAAGUGCUGGCACUCGAUGGAGUUAGUACUGGGAUACUUCAGUUAUAUACAGCCCAGGAGAGUGCUGACUGUCUGAGAGCAAUAUCAACUAACAUCAGUGAUUUGACACUUCAAAAUAUGAAAAUGACAAAUAAAUGCUGUUCUCCCUCAGACCAGGUCAUACAUAUGGGAUGGGUAAAUGAGAAACUUGAAGGAACUGAUUCAUCUCAGCUCUACAAAUUCAAGUUUCUGGCACUGAAGGGUUCAUCCUUCUACAUUUUCAGCACUCCACCGGUAAGCACACUAGACUGGGUACGAGCUGAAAAAAUCUAUAACCUCUGUGAGGUUCUGUUUAAAAUUCACAAGAUGAAGAGUCACAUACUGAAACAUGUCUUUCAGCUCUGGCUUGCUGAUGAUUGCUGGCUACAAGCAAACUUGUAUUUAGGUAUUCAUCAAGACUAUGAUCUUGAAGACCAGAGGCCAUAUUGUUUCAGUGUUAUGGUUGGACAUGGCAAGAGUCAUUAUUUCAAUGUAGAGCUUGGCAUUGAGUUGGCAGUGUGGGAGAAAUCUUUUCAAAGAGCAAUUUUCUUGGAAGUUCAAAGAACAGGGGUAAGUAAUGAAUAAUUUGAAUCCUGGAGCCAUUUCAUCAGUAAAAUAUUCUGUAACAAAUUUUAGCAAAGUUACUGCAUAUGUUUAAUAAUUGUUUCAGAUUAAUAUGCACUGUGAGUAAAGAUCUGAGUAUACUUUAAUACACCAAAGGCUUCUGAAAGCUUCAUCAUCACAUAAAUAUUUAUCUGUCUAUGACUGUGUGAUAACACUGUAUGAGUAUAUUAUGACAGUUUGAAAAUUAGAAGUAGUAAUGUAUAAAUUUACUUUGAUUACAAUAAACUGGAAAUUGAUACAUUCUGC